AUGUGGGGCGGCGAUGGUCUCACACAGGAUCUCAGGAGGCUCAGGGAGCUUUUGCAGGAGGAUCUCCGCAAAGAGCUCCAGGCGCAAGAGGGAAGGCUUCGGGACCUGAUGAAGGCGCCGCGGCCACCCGGCAAGGAGAAGCCGGGAACACCGGCCAUCGACGAUUUUCCGGAAGGCUGGCGGAGGAUGCCCACAGACCGACAAGAGAACUGGGCCGUGGACUCCAAGGUCUUAGAUCAGGUCCCCCGAGUGAUGAGCGUUACACCAGACGGGCUAAAUGGCAGCGUUCUUGGAGACCAGGAACCACCAGGCUGCAUACCUGCUGCCCUUCCGCACUCAGACUCUGGCUUGCACAAAGCUCCGGGGCCGAAGAACCCCCGCGAGACGCGGCGCAUGAGCGUGCGCAACAAAGGCGCCCCGGUGGGCCUGAAGGAGGACGAGGAAACUCGAGACAUCCGGAUGAAAGCGGGCGUUUUCGGAGCUGGUGAUCACAAGGAGACCAAACUGGACGAGGACCUGUACGAUGUCCGCAACUUCUACAAGACGUCGGGAUGCAUGCAAGCUACAGCCCGAAGCGAGCGCUUCGAGAAGCUGACGCUGCUGGUGAUCAGCCUCAAUGCAAUCUAUAUCGGUGUCGAUGCGGACAACAACCCUGCUGCCACCAUGCUCGACGCGACGUGGCCAUAUCAAGUGUUCGACAACUUGUUCUGCUUCUACUUCACCACGGAGCUGGUGAUCCGAUUCGGCGCCUUCGAGUCCAAGUGGAACUGUUUGAAAGACAGGUGGUUCAUUUUCGACACGCUAUUGGUGAUGCUUAUGAUUGCCGAGACAUGGAUCCUGACCUUGGUGGUUCUCUCCAUCGGCGGCGUGCAGGGCACCAUGCCCACAGGUCCCUUGCGGCUCUUGCGGCUUCUUCGCCUGAGCCGUUUGGUGCGGCUGCUGCGGGAGAUGCCGGAGCUGCUGACCUUGAUCAACGGCAUGCGGGUGGCGGCACGCGCGGUCUCCUCAGCGCUCCUGCUGGUGAUCCUGCUGAACUAUGUGUUCGCCAUUGUGCUUCUCAUGUUCCUCGCAGAUAUCCCAGAAGUGACUGAUCAUUUCGGCACCUUGGGACUGUGUAUGUGGACCUUAGCGCUGGAUGGCACCUUCAUGGAUGGCACCAAAGACAUCUUGCAGGAGCUCAGGAUCCUCGACACGCAAGGGUACAGCUGGUUGCUGGGCUGGGGCAUGAUUUCUGUUUUCACCCUCUACGUGCUGCUUACCAAUGUGACGGUGAUGAACAUGCUCAUUGGCAUUCUGUGCGAGGUUGUGUCGGAGGUGAAGCGCGAGGAUGAGGAAGGCGUUGCGAUCGACUUCAUGAAGGAGCAUCUUCGCACCAUGCUGACCGAAAUUGAUAAGGACAACAACGAGAACAUCUCGAAGACGGAGCUGCAAGCGGUGGUGGACGAUGAGCGCGCGCAGAAGGUCCUCUCGGAGCUGCAGGUGAAGCCGGAGGACGUCAUUGACCUCACCGCUUCUUGGGUCGUGGGCGUUCUUUCUUUAUUUCAUGCUGGGAAAACUCCGUUUGGAGAUCCAAUUCGAAUCGGGUUUAGGUGGAUCUGA